AUGGCCAACUCACUAGUUGUCCUCUGCCUGUUGUCUCUGCCGCUGGCACCCUCUGUCCUGGGUGCCCCAGUAUCCCUGGCUGCCUCCAUCAACCAAGCCUAUAACUUGGCCCUCUACAAGCAGAAGAACACAUCGGUGCUGCUGCAAACUUAUCUCCAGUACCAAGGCAACCCCUUCAGUGACCCGGGCUUCUCAGCCCCUGAGCUCCAGCUGAGCAGCCUGGCCCCUGCAGCUGUCCCCUUCAUGUCGUGGAGUGACCUGGGAGAUGGAGAGAGGUUGGUCCAGGUCCGAGGUGCUUUCUCGGCCCUGGCCCAGCACCUGCAGCUUGUGAGUGAUGACCAGGCUGACCUGAAUCCUGACAGUUCUGUCUUGCUAUCUCAACUUGCAGCUGCAAGGCUACAAGCCCAGGGCCUGAUGGGCAAUAUAGCUUCUGUCAUGAUGGCCCUGGGGGUAUCCGUUCCUCCUGAAGUGGAUGCUCUUGGCCCUGCACCCUUUGGAGCCUCUGCCUUUCAGAAGAAAUGUCGGGGCUAUGUAGUGACCCGGGAAUACAGACAGUGGACAGACAGGGCUGUGCGGGACAUGGCUCUGCUUAAGGCCAAAUAUGUUACGGAGUGA